AUGUACCAAGGCGGCGACAGCGUCGAGUUAUUGGCGGCGGGGGGGAAAGACCCGGCCGCGCCUUGGAAACUCACGGGAAAAGUGCGUCGCGAGUACGACAAGCCGAGCAAAGUGUUUUUGUUCACCAUGGAAGGGUCGGCUUUAGCGACGAAAAUGACUUUGCCCAAGGACUCGACCAAGUCCUUGGGGCUUACGCAGCGAUACCUGGUGCUGCAAGUGUCCAUCCCGGCCGCGGCGGCCAUCUCGGUGGAGGUGGGCGUGCUCGACACGAACGGCACACGGCGCCGCGUCGUCAUGUCGUCUGCGUUCCGUGGGGCUGUUGUGCACCAACUGCAUGCCCAAAUUCCCCUCAACCAAGUGACGCGAGACGUGUGGUUGAAUUGGUGUUUUGACGUGGCAGCGCUGGUGGACGCAUCAUUUGCGACAACAUUUCGAACUAUCGACUCGAUUUGCCUCAGCGGGACGUGCAAACUCCGUCGGGUGUUUACGAUGAAAGAGCCGCCGAUUCCGUCCGACCAUCCGUUUGAUUUCGUCGGGGGCGUGGACAUUCCACGUACAUUUUUCAUCUCUGGGGCUGUCACCGAAUAUUUUGCCGCCAAAGCCGUGGCGGUACCAUUAACCAAGCCAGAGGGCAAACCAAGGGCAGCACCAGACAACGCCACCUCUCGUGACAAACCCAAGGCGACCCCUAGACCGUCGUCCAGUACCAAAGCUGGAGGGGCGACUUUGGGAAAUAAACCCAGUUUGGCAGGUCCGCGAAAGCACCCGUCAACAUCAUCUUUAUCGCGAAGCAAGUCGAGUCGCGGGGGUAAGCUUGUUGCGAUUGACGACGAAGUAGCCAAGCCCGUUAGCCCUCUAUUGCGUCCGGGGUCGUCCCAUAGCAAGCACAUUCAAGCCCGUAAGCAAAUCACUCUGCCGUCCUCGUCAAUGUUUCGGUUUGCCUUUACGGAGCGUCCUUCUGCCACGGAGACGCCCACGGUGGUGACUCGGCCCAACACCGGGCAACGCCAGUUGGAGUCCAAGUUUCAAUCGUGGGAAGACGACGACGCUAGUCCUGUCAAGCCUUCGCCGCUACAUGCUGUGUUGAAUGUAGCAGUUUCGAAUUCCAACACCAAUCACGUGAACACAAACGACGAGCUGCCGAAUGAGACAUUAAGCCGACGAAUCGAAUACACGGCCAACGAGUUGGCCAAAGAGCUAUCCCUGGACGAGUCGCCCUUCUUUCGCGAGGCGGGAUCCCCUGCCGAGGCAAGCAAGGGAUCUUUGGGGGGGAAACCAUCUUGGUGGGACGACGACAACAAUGACGACCGACCACAGAUUUCCUCAGAUGUCGAUCAACCAUCGACAAACAGCCAACCCCAGGACAAUCAACAUGAUUCAAAUGCAGUGUCAAUCGGAGCACCUGCGUUGGUCAACCAGUCAUCUUCGGAGGAGUCUGGGUUGACAAAUUCGAGUCAUCCCCCCAGUUUGUUUCAAUGGGCACCGCAGUGUCCACUGAACAACCCAAAUGACCCUUCGCGGACGACAGCAGCAGCUUCACUGGAAUGUUCAACUAUACACCCUCCCCCAAAGGGCGACAAACAUCACCAGAAGUGCAAUAUGACGAGUGACAACGAGGAGCCGCAGAUUCCUGACAGGUCUCAGAACACCCCCAUUUUCCACCAACGACACGUUGGAGGUGACAACCCUCCAAAGUCCGUGGACGAUCGAUUUUUGAAUGAACAAAAUCGCUUGGAUGAUAACGACGAUCUCGACUUUGACAUGACAAACGACUUGCAAGCCGACCAGAGCUUUGACUUUACAGACGUGUUGGAGGAAUCGUUGCCGAGCAUGGUACAGAUACACUCGCCAGUGAAACGACCCCCCGUAAGCCAAGUCCACCACGCGCCCGCGUUGGUUCCGACUGCGCGGUCGAUUGUCGUCGAUCCACGGAUCCAAAGUCUGCUCGAGUCCACGGGUAUGUACACGUAUAAGUGUUGGAGCAAAAGUGCAAAGUAGAAUGCAUGGUCGUAGAUUGGAGCCAACCGCCCGCGAUGGACUUGGUGUACGAUCCGAUUUUGGAUUGUUACCAUGACCCGCAAAGCAACAAGUAUUAUCAAUUGAAGUAAACACCGAGUAGUUAACAUCAACACCCACAACAAGUCCAGC